AUGAAAGCCCCUAUUUGGGUGUCGCUAUGUGACCUUCCGGUGGAGUAUAUGCAUCCGGAGGGGCUUUACUCAAUUGCAAGGGCCAUAGGGAAGUCUCUGAAGGUUGAUACUCUGACGCUUAACAUGUUGCGGCCAUCGGUAGCUAGACUCUGUGUAGAAGUUGACCUCACCAAAGACUUCCCAAGAUCUGUGAAAAUUGUUAAAAAAGGGAAGAAACAUGAGCAACAAUUCACUUAUGAACACAUUCCUUCAUAUUGUUCUAAGUGUUGUAAAAUAGGCCAUAAGGAAGAGGACUGUCGCAUAGGGAAGCCUCAUCUGCAGAAAGAAAGCUCAAGGAAAGAUGCAAUUCCGGUGAUCAAAAGCAAAGGUGUUAAGCAGGCCUUAAAGAUGCGAGAGGAUGUAGACAAGUCUGGCUUUGAUGUGCAAAUUCUCCAAUCAAACCCUUUAAAGGGUGUGGAAUCGCAAUAUCUGAGAAUGCAAAAGAGCGAGUCGGUCCCAAGCCAAGCUGCGAAAACCCUAGUUCCUCACCACCCUGCGAAAACCCUAGCUGCGGGCGCCCAUGCGGAAACCCCAGUUGUGCGACUAGGUGAAUCGACGUCGGGAUUAUCAGCUAUGGAGAAACUCGUCAUUCCGGUGGACUUUCCUGAUGAAGUAUCUCCACCAUCGGCGGUUUCAAAUCACUUUGCUGUGCUGGAGACAAUUGAUGAGUCUGAAAAUGAAAAUGUUGACGAUGCGGGAGAAGAUCAUGUUGAGGAUGUGUUUAUUAAGGAUCUGACUCUCGGGUUGGAUCCUUUGGAGCGUUCCAAGCCUGCUGAUGCUUCACAACCCUUUGAAGAGGCUCAGAUGACUAUACAACAGCUGGGAAGUGGGGAUAUUUUGGAAGUUGGUCGAUCUACGGAUGAUGGUGAAAUUGGCAAAUCUUCGGGGCCUAAGGAGAUUGAAGAAAGUGCUCGCAAUGUUUGGUUUGAUGGAGAUAAUGAUGAUGCAAGAGUAGAAGAUUCAGUGCAAGGGGAGGAAUCUGUACUUAAGAAGCAUGGUCUUUAUGCUAAGACAACUAGGGUUGCACGACAAUCUUUAUGGAGGAAUUCGAUAGAUUUUAGACACCAAACUUCAUGUUCCCCAUGGAUGGUAGCUGGAGAAUUCAAUGUGAUUCGUUCGUUGGAAGAAUAUUCGGGGGUUUCAGUUCAGGAUCAUGGGGCAAUGUGGGAGUUUAAUGAAUGCAUCUAUGAUUGCGAUUUGAUUGAAAUUCCAGCUACGGGUGAGGAUUUUACUUGGGGAGGAACAAGGUCUACUGGAUGGGAACGAAGAGUAAGGCAAAGCCUCUUUAAAAUUCAAGCGCCGGAUGGUUCUAUGUUGACUUCUAGGGAUGGAAUUGAACAAGAGGCGGUGAGGUUCUUUAAAGAUCUUUUAAAUGACCCGAGUGAUGACCAAGGUUGCGAUGCUACACAAGAAGAUUUUCUUGAACAUAUUCCCUUAACACUCACUCAAGAUGAUACUUGGUUGUUGUCCAAGCCAAUUACAUUAGAAGAGAUUAAGGAGGCGGUGUUCAAUUUAGGUGAAGAAAGUGCACUCAGAAUUGAUGGUUAUGGAGGAGUUUUCUAUAGAUCUGAUUGGACAUAA